AUGAUGAAGUCUAUCCUUUUCGCCCUUGUCUGCCUUUUCGCUUCGGCAUCUGCCUUUGCCCCAGUCCACUCCAAGACUGGAACCACUCAACUCAAUAUUGUUCCAUUGAAGCGCCCCGAUAUUGAAUACACUUACGACGAUGGUCUUACCGACUUGGAGCGCAAGCAAAGAGCCACUCUUCCAGCUUUCUUGACUGGAUCUGCCAAGUCCAACCCAGAUAUGACUGCCGUCACUGACGAGUUUGACGACUUGGCCUUUGAACUACCAGGAUGGUUCUCUGCUGUUGGAUCCAUCAUCGGAACCUUCACCUUUUUUGCCAUUGCCAAGUCCGGAGUUGACCCUACCGCUUACGUCAACUAA